AUGCCUGUGACAAGCAAUCAACAAGUGGAUAAUUCUAUCGAACUAGCAGAAAGUAUGCCAAGUUCGCAACUAGCCUACUACAGAGAUCUUCAAACAUCAACUUUGGCUUAUUCCUUGCCCUACACAGAAUCAACCGCCAACAUUCACUAUCGAUUCCAACCGUUAGCCAUUAACCCAGCGUUUCUUCACUUCGCUCAACGGGAAGCUUUGACUCGCGCCUUCUUGAGCUUAUACGACCAACGAGCUUACUUAGACGGUUACAAAACGAGCAGCUAUACCCCACCAGGCCGCGAUGAAGAAAAACCAAAACAAUCCUACGUUCGUUUGAUCGGUGAAGCCAUCCUCAACUCUCCUGAAAAAAAACUAGUCCUAAGCGAAAUCUACAAAACCAUCCAAACCAAAUAUCCUUAUUUCAAAAAUCGUGGAAGCGGUUGGAAGAACAGCAUCAGACAUAACCUAAGUCUUAACGAUUGUUUCGUGAAACUGGGCCGCAGUCCAAAUGGGAAAGGACACUUCUGGACGAUCAGUCCACAACAUUACGAAGAAUUCCUCAGAGGUUCGUCUCAUCAAAGAAAAUUUCAAAAGAAAGCAGCACCGAAAUUCUGUUACUAUCCCAGCGAGGUAUUCCAGUUCAAUAACUAUGCGAUGGUCGACAGCCCUCCAACAGUCAUUCAGCCCAGACUUGAAGGGAUGGAGAGCUCGUCGCAUUACGCUGAAAGCCCAUCAUCUCUCUCGCUACGUAGACCUGAGAUAAUUCAAGACAGCCCUUCGGUUAGUCCACCUCAUUACUCUAUGGUAGAGAGCCCAAAAGCCCUGGGUAGCCCUCGGGAUAGUCCAGCAUCAGAGUCCGAAGUCGAAGGACGAACCGAGAUUCACAUUCCGGGAGAUCAAAUCGAAGUCAAACAUGAAGUCAUAGUUUGCAGUGAAGAUGAAUCUGAAAAGUCGUUUACAAGCCGACCAUUUGAUGUGGAGAACUUGCUAGCUAGCCAUCCAAAACGACCAGCAAGUUAUUAA